AUGACUGCUCAAAGAUUGAAGAUCGGCUGUGCUGGUCUCGGCCGUAUGGGCAAGCGCCAUGCCCUAAACUUCCUGGAGCGUACCCCCCGAGCUGAGCUUGUGGCUGCCAGCUCCCCUGACCCUGUCGAACUCGAAUGGGCCAAGAUUCACCUCGAACCUUAUGGCGUAACUCUGUACCAGAACUACGACGACAUGCUCAAGCAUGAAGGUCUGGUAGCCGUGGUGGUUGCGUCGGCAACUGCAGUGCAUGCCGAGCAAGCAAUCAAGGCAAUUCAAGCAGACAAGCACACUCUUUGCGAGAAGCCCAUCUCUACAAGCCCCGAAGUGUCCCAAUCCGUGGUCGACGCAGCAUUCAAGAAGCCACACCUGAAAGUGAUGUGCGGCUUCUCCCGCCGCUUCGACAAGUCCUACCGCGACGCCCACGAAAAAAUGCAAUCAGGCGCAAUCGGCACCGCCUCCGUCCUCCGCAGCCAAACCUGCGACAAACUCGACCCAACCGGGUUCUUCGUCGCAUACGCAGAGUUCUCUGGCGGAAUCUUCGUCGACUGCUCCAUCCACGACAUCGACCUCACACUCUGGUUCUUCGGCGACAACUGCAAAGUGAAGUCCGUAUCGGCCGUAGGCAACACCGCCGUCGAGCCCGAUCUCCGCAAGCACAACGACCGUGAUAAUGCCGUCGGCUUGGUCGAGUUCUACGAUGGCCGCAUUGCAUACUUCUAUGCUUCCCGUAUGAUGGCUGCUGGUCAGGAGGAUACUACGGAGAUCAUUGGCACCAAGGGAAAACUCGCGGUUAACACCCAGCCUGCCCUGAACCAUGUUAAUAUCUAUGAUGAGUCUGGUAUCAGGAGGGAGAUUCCUCAGAACUACUAUGAUCGCUUUGAGUAUGCGUUUGUUACCGAGGCGAAUGAGUUCUCCGCUGCUUGUCUAGAUAACACGGCGUUGCCGAUUGACCUGAACAAUGCUGUUAAGGCUGUGAGGAUUGGGGCUGCGUUGCAGGAGUCCUUGAUUAGCGGGAAGAAGAUCUUCUUCGAUGAGGAUGGAACCCGGUCUGAGGUGUCUCGUCUGUGA